AUGGCAUUGCGCAGACCAGCUGCAGUCAAAGCCGCAGCAAAAAACGCAGUACGAGUCAGAGGAGUGUUGAGGAGGCCGGCCAGAGUCGAGGAGGAGAGAGAUCCGGGCGUGAGAGGGGAGAACUUGGAAGAUCGCUUCAUUGCAGGCGAGUUGGUCGAGGCAUCGAAGGUGCCGUUGGGCCGGCUCACCCAAGGAACUCUCCUGGUUUGCGAGGGAGAAUAUUGGGGAGCACCUUGCAAGGUAUGUGGGGUGAUCCGGAGUUUGAAGAUAAAGGGAGCAUCGGAUGUGGAGCUCGCGGUGAAAGCCGAGGGCACGGACCACGAAGAUCUCCUAAAGUGGAACUCCGAAAAUCCCGAAGCGGCCAUUCGAGUUCAUCUAUGCGGAGGAGCCUGUCCAGCCAAGAUCGAAGCCAAGGACUUGAUCCACGCUCAAAAAGUCCGUUUAAAGACACGAGAAGACGAAGGGGGAUGGACAGAGAACAUGAAAGGGUCUCUGGACGAGCUGGCCGCUUUGAGGAGAGACAAGGCCGCUCCCGGUCUAGAAAGAGAGGAGAGAGAGAGGGCUCAGAAGGCCGAUGGCAAAGAAAGAGAAAAGAAAAAGAAGAAGAAGAAGGCCAAGCGGAGCAGAAGUACCAGCGAGACCAGUCAAACAAGGGAGAAAAAGACUCCGAAAAAGAAAGUGGAAUCACAAAAAAGUCUGUCUCAAGUUUUUGGGACGACGGCCUUGGAUCCAGAUCCCAAGGUACGGAGGAGGUUGCUGAAGAGAGUAAAGAGGAAGAUGCGAAAGAAGAAGGACGAAAGUUCCCCAAGCAGUGGGAGCUCCUUGGAGGGGAGCUCGAAGGCAUCGAGCUUGGGGAGCAGCGAAUCUGGCCAGCUCUUCGAGGACAGUCACAAGGUGAGGAGCAUCAGCCGGAAGGCCCCGGGCGCAUUGACCUAUGGUAUGGUCAAGGAGAUGCAGCGUCAGCUGCUCACAUCGGCGGGCACGGUCUGGGAGAGGGACCGGUCGGCGGUACCGCCAAUAGCCUUGCAGUACUACAGGAGUCAGCUUUCCAGCAGGCUGACAGGAGGAGCUGCUCGGGAGGCCUUGACGUUGAGCUGGGCCCUAGACCUAGCAUUGCAAGGGAAAGUGGCCAAUCUGGCCGAUUGCUUGUCUCAGCGGCUGAAGAGCAUAGAGAUGAGCGCAGGCGGCACAAGUUGGAUGGUAGCCCAGCGGGUGGAGGUGUUGCCCCCAGAGAAGGGCCACCUAUCGAGUCGCGCCGAAGCGCAAGCUGCGGCCAAAGAAAACAAGGACGAGUUGAAGGCAAGGAAUUUGGGCAAAGGAAAGGAAAAGGGCAAGAGCGACAGCGCCUACCCCGCAUGGCGCCCCGGAGGAAAAGGGGAGCAGAAGGGGAAGGACAAAGGAAAGAACAAGAAAGGAAGCGACAAAGAGGAAGGGAAGAGAGGAAAGAGUCCAGAGAAAGAAGCACUCCUGGAGGAGUAUAAGGGAGUGGAAAAAGAGAAACUCCUUAGGAGGGGAGUGAGUGAAGAGAAAAGAGAGGAGGACCAGUCUCUCCUGAAAACAACAAAGGGAGUGAAGACUGGCUUGUCAUAUCAAGAUGACCCUUGCGGCCCUUUUGAGAUCCAAGGGAUGAGCAGAAUGACUCUGACGCCUGGUGAGGCCGGGUUCUUGAGUACAGAUGCCGCUGGUGGUGCAAGGCCGACUACCAGUGCCCAGUUUUCCAACAAAGAAGAUGGGACCACUUUGGAAGAUGGCUGCUGUGGUAAUGCGGCGGCGCUGGCAGCUGCUAGCCCUAGCAUGGUGGGCUUUCGUCGAAGUCCUCUAGGAGCUGCUGAAGACUGCUUCCGUGCCGGUGGUCCUGAAAAAGACGCGCGCAGCCGUGAUGAAGGGUCUCUGUUGAUUUCAACGGAAAAAGAGCUUAAGUUUAGACGCGGCGAGACCCAGACCACGGGUGACGUUUUUCCGUUACCCACCAACAUUGACCUAUUACGCGGGGUGGGGAAGCUGGAUGAGGAUGCCCUCCUGCUGCUUAGUUGUGUUUGUCUAGGUUUAAACAGCUACGCUGGAACCGCGUUAGAGUCAAGUGCACCUUUGAGUAAGGUUCAGAAAUUUUUCCUGGAAGGAUUGGUCGCAUCAGUGGAAGAUGUGAUGGGAUGGUCUGAAGUGUUUGGAGAUAUUUCCUGGCAGAGUUUUUUCCAGCUGAAAAGCCUAGACUAUGUGGGUGAUGAGGUGGCUACAGCCCGGGUCACAUCUUGGGCAAACCUGCAAUCGGCGAUCCCUGUGGAAGUAGGUCGACGCCCUGCCGGGAUAGAUAAACUGAGCCCAACGGAAAGGCAAUUAUGGCAGAAAGGUGGCGCCUCUCGCCUGGUGAAUGUGGAAGAGCGUGAAGUGAUCCUAGGGUUCCCUAGGCAUUUUACCGUGGCCUCUCUCCCGAAGAGCGAGCAAGGGACCACAGCACACCAGGACUUGAGGCUCACUCUCCUGGGCAAUAGCUGGAACGUCACGGUGGUGACCUGGUUAUUGGGACAGCUCUGCCAACCGUUGGGCCUCAUUCCAUGCCUCAGUGUCCAGCAGGCCAUUGAACGAACUUCUCCAGGAGCCACGGUGGACUUAGCCUCCUUUCUGACAAGACCGCCCAUGGGAGGCCUACAAGACAAGGAUCCCCAUAUCAAAGGGCACCUCGCCAAUAGUUGGCGGAAGAAACUCUACGAAGACUUUGGCAAUGGAAACAAGCCACCAAUCCUGGCACUGCCUUAUGUCCAGCUCACUCCUCAUGCGCGCGUGUUUCACAAACAAUUUCUUCACUCCAUGUCUUCUCCCUUGCCAAAACUUGAGCUUGUGGGCCAAGAGGGCUACUACCAGAGCUCUAAUGAGGCCCAGGACGGCGAUGAAGCGCUGAAGGCCUUUCUGGAUGCGCAGGAAAGGCAUCAAGACUUUGUCGAAGCCAGCCUGGAGGCAUGGCAGCUGCAGAGAGGCAAAAGCUGGCAAGAGCUGAAGCAACAGGAGGAGCAGCUGCGGCAUGCAGCACGGGAGGCCUUUGACCGCUGCAAAGAGCUCUUGAUGCGCCGGGCGGUCACCAUGCGGCCAGAGCUCUUGAGGGCGCCGAUCACGCCAGAUGCUCUACCUGAAACGCAGAUGGUGCUGAGUCAAGGUGGAGACCCUGAGGGGGCGCUGCGGAAACUGCUGGGUGAUGCGGCAGGUGCAUUUCAAGAUCCUGAUCUUUGGAGCAAGGAGGGCCCUGGCAGGCUAUUGGAGCAGAGCCAACGCAUGGCUGAGUUGGACGCGCUUCCGGCGCGCGCCAAGGAGUUGGCUCAAAAAGGACCAGGUAGCCUAUCUUCCCUCUUGAGCGCCAUUGCGGUGGAAACUUCCGCUGCAGCAAAAGGCUGCAAGGAUGUUCUGGUCCUUGGCGGACAAGGUGUGUCAGCUGUGGCAGCUGUGCGCGCCAUGGAAGCACCUGGAAAAGUAGUGAUUUGGGAACCUUUGGAAGAUGUCGCCCAUGCUGCUUGCGAGGUGCUCAAGAGAAAUCUGGGGCCCGACGAGUUGGCGCGUUGCCGGGUGGUGUCGUCCUGCGAUCCUCCGCCGCAUCUGGGUGGUCUGGUGGUGCUGGAUCGAUGGCAUGGCCUAGGCGUGCUAGGCUGGUCUCCUCUUCUGGCCCUGCGCCGCGUUUUGGCCGCGUCUGCUGCUCCCUCAGGUGUGGUGCCCUCCAGGUUAAGCAUCUCCUUAGCCCUGGCUGACGCUGGCCUUGGAGAGACACAAGGCCUGGAUCUGUCCGCUAUGGAUGCGCGCUUUCGCGGGCUGGCCACGGGCCCCUUGCGGGUUGGAGUUGGGGAGCAGCCACAUGCCACCUCGCUUCAGCCAAAGAUUUUGACCGACUUCGUCCAAGCCUUUGACUACGACCUGGCGUGUCCCAGCCUGGCGCUGGACGGCCCCAAAAGCCUGGCCUUCUCGGCACGGCCGUCGAAGGUCGCGGCCAACGCCUGUGUCUUCGAGUGUCGUUUCGAGCUGCCCAGGGUCUUAGCAAUGGACCAACAACAAGCGGCACAGGUCCUCCAGUCGCUCCAGGAACUACAGACCGAGGUCAAUCGACUAAGAGGCCGAGAAGCUGAACUGACAGCACAGGUCGCUUCUUUUGGUGCCGGUUCGGCUGCUUCAGCUGGACCUGGCAGUGCACUGGCACAGUUGGUGCAGUCACAAAAGGAGCUUGUGGACGCCCUUAGAUCGAAAGAACAAGUCCGGUUGGUCGACAACAAGGGCCUUGGCAAGCCCGACAAGUUUGAUGGGACAGCCGAAAGAUUCUUGUCAUGGAAAAUCAAGACGUCCUCCUAUCUUGCAAGUGUUCGCAAAGACCUUCGUGAGAUUCUGGUUUGGGCCGAAGAUUGCGAUCAUGCAAUCACUGCAGAUGACAUCGACAAGGCUUUUGGGAGUCAAGCAGAUGCCAUUGACCAGGUGUCGAACAUCAGUGAAUUGAGACGCGAGCUUUGGGAUGCGCUGCUAAUGCUGACAGAGCGUGAGCCCUUUGACAUCGUGCUGAACACCGGGGAAUGCGGCAUCGAAAGCUGGAGAAAGCUCACGCGGAGGUACGACCCAUCCACUGGUGGUCGCAAACGCGCUCUCCUCAAUGCAAUCUUGUCACCGGCUCGAUCCAAGAUGGAAGAUUUGCCGUCCAACCUGGAGAAGCUUCUUGACAGCAUCAGACUUUAUGAACGUCGCAAAGACGCAUCUGGCAACCGAACGAUGUUGGCAGAAGACAUCAAGAUCAACGUGAUUGAACGAUUGGUGCCGGCAGAGCUCGAGCGUCAUCUCGUUCUCAAUCGAGAUCGCUUCAAGACGUUCGAGUCCAUGCUGUCCGAGAUCCAGUCCUAUGUGGAACAUGCCACCGGCAACAAGAUCAAGGUGGUGAAUAGCCAGCCCUACGACGCACAUGGCCGUGGGGACGAUCCUAUAGAUGUCGGAAGCUUUGGAAAAGAUGCGAAGGGAAAAGGUAAGGGCAAGAAGGGAGCUGGAGGAAAACCUGGAAAGGGAAAUGCAACAGCUGAGAAGAGAACAUGUCACAACUGCGGACGCCCAGGACAUCUGCGGGCAGAUUGCUGGGCACCUGGAGGCCCCAAACAUAAGGGGACGGGUGGCAAAGGCAACAGCAAUCAGAAUAAGGACAAGGGCAAGGGCAAAGGCAGCCCCGGAAAGCACAAGCAGAAGCCCAAAGGAGGCAAAUCUGUGAACAAUGUCGAACAAGGUGAACCAGAAGCAGAAGACUGGGACGCAGCUGAUGGCGACGAUGGUCAACAAGCAGCAAAUGGUUUAACGCUCUAUGGUGUUGGUGGGCCACCACAUGACGAGGAUGACGACGAAAGUUUCCAGGUCGAUCCCGAGUCCGAGGAGUCGGAAGCCUCGACAAGUCGCAGAAGGUGGUUUUCUUUGCCUCACCCACGUGCGUCAUGGCCUGAAGAGUGGGACGACCCCGACUAUGAUGGACCGAGUGGAUCGAGCACCUCGAACGCCACAGGGAAGACCCAAGAGGGGCAGAAGUCCAAAGAGCUCAGCACCAAAGAGAGGCAAAGCAAGCAGAUCAGGGCCAGUCACUCCGGAGUCAGCACUCCGACGCUUUCGAAUGACUUCGAUGACACCACCACCAAGGAGAAGGUUGAGGCAUGGGCCACAGACUCCAGAAGAACUUCUUCGACCACCACCAGGAUGGCAAAGCCAAGUAGCUUCACCCAAGACUCCGCCAUGUCCACCACCGGGAUGGCAAAGCUCUCAGGUGAAGCCACACCACCUGUCAAGGCAUCAUCGGCAGCUUCGACUUCAGGUUCUCGACUUGUCCAGAUGCUGAAGGCUGCGCUGAGUUCACAAAUCCGCAAAGUCCAAGAAGAAGAUCCUGGUUCAGGAGAUGGCCAGGCAGAUGCGAUGUUAGCGGCUUUGAGGACUAGAUCUGUCAAGGCACCGCACAUCACAAAGCAGAACAUCAGCGAUCCUUCUUUCCACGACUCGAGAUACCAUGCCGAGAUUGCCAAAGGCGUUGCACACAAUGUGGCCUGGAGAAAUGAACGUUUGAGAAGACGUGCAAUCGUCCACCGACGAGGAGGAGUCAAGGAUGAAGACAACUUGGAUGCGGGCAUCGAGACGGUGGUUGUGGGCAAAGCUGGUCAGAGCACAGUGAUAGAGUUUUCAGCGGAAGAGCGGGAAACCUUGAGGCAGUUCCCGGACGACGAGGCCAAGUUGCUGCAGAAGGACCCCAAGAAGAAACCCAUGACCAAGCGUGUUCGAAGCGUUGGGUACAGGGUGAAGAAGAAUCGCAACCGCAAUGUGGCGCGCAAGAUGGCGAGGAAGAACCGACCAGCCUUGGUUCUGAAGGAAAACACUGAAGUGAACGCAGAUGAAGAUGAUGAUGAAAUGGAAGAGGUCUACAUCGAAGAGCCUGAUGAGCCUCGAGACCGACCAGGCAGAGGAGACCCCGAUGGUGGAGCUGGAUCGGCUCCUGCUGCAGUCUACAGCUUGGGGGCCUCUGACGACUGGCGAAAAUGGGAACGAGCAGAGUUGAACAUCGACACCGGUGCUGCCAUCACUGCAGUACCACUUGACUUCGCCAAGGACUACCCGAGGAGCGAGUCCAAUGGAGCAAGCUACAAGGCAGCCAAUGCGGAACCCGUCGAAGAUCAGGGAAGUGUGAAGCUGGUGGGAUACGACGAAUCUGGCAACAAGAUCCCAAUCGAUUGCCGAGUUGCAGAUGUGCAUCGGCCACUUCUUUCAGGUUCCGAGAUCGCCAAGAACUACCACAUCGCCCUUGGACCAUCUUCGGGGAGAUUGAUCCCAAGAAACACUCCUGCGGGACGGGCCUAUUCAAAGGCCAUGAAAGAUCUGAUCCGAGAUUAUGGCGAUUCAAUGCCCAUUGUGCACAAUCGCCGAGGAGUAAGACCACAAAUCAACGCUGUUGGCGAGGAUCCAGCUGUUUCAGCCGGAGCCGAUGCCAUGGAAGAUGGAGGCGAUGUUUCAGCCGCUUCGGCCGGAGCAGGGUCCUCAGGCGAUGUUCCAGCUGCUUCAGCCGGAGCAGAUGCCUUUGAAGAUGAAGUUGAUUUGGAAAUCGGUGAAGAACAGAGGAAAGCCAUUGUGAAGAAAGAACCACAUCAACCAUCCCAAGCUGAAGUUGACGAACAUGAAAGCACUGGACAUGUUGUCCAUCGGAGCUGGUGCUUGCACUGCAAAAGGGCACGUGUGACUGCUGAUCGCCAUGUGCCUAAGGAACUUGAUGAGCCAGAAACGCAGUUGCCCACGCUGAGCCUGGACUACUUCUAUAUGAACCAGGACCAGGUUGCGGAUGAGGCGACCCUUCCGAGCAUUGUGGUGAAGUGCCACAAGACCAAGAGAUUUUGGGCGAGCGUUCUCCCGGGAAAAGGGGCGGAUGCGUUCGCAAUCGCGCCGAGGGCCAAUCGUGGGGGCAAGAGAAAUGACCUUGCUCCAAGGGUAUCCAUUGGGAUGUACGUUGGAACUGGAAACAGAGAUUCAGACGUCUUUGUCAUGACGGAACGUGGAAUCAUGAAGGGGAACUCGAUCCAUCGACGCCCACCUGACGAUCAGUUCAAACAUGAUCAGUUUGACUCGCUACGUGGCCUUCCUUGGAGGUUGCAAGAACGAGAACAUGGUGGACUGAGGAUCGCCCUUCCCGAUGUUGCAGCGCCUCGUGAAAGGCCUGCAGUGCAAGAAGUGAUCCCAAGGAACCUCUAUGUCACCAAGAAUGACUUGGAAAAGCAUGGGCACACACCUUUGUGUCCUGGAUGUGAAGCAGCAAUACUUGAGAUGCCAAGCCGAGCUCACAAUGCUGAGUGCAGACAAAUAAUCCAGAUCGAACUUGACAAGACUCCAGAAGGUCAAGAAAGGAUCAAAAGAGCGAGAGAGAGAGUUGCACAAGGCAGGCGCCCAAGAGGCGCGGCUGCACCGCCUGAGGGUGGUGGGGCAGAAGGUGGUGAAGCUACACCACCAGUUGUCCCAGGAGGGGAAGUUGAACAACCAGUCUUGCAAGACCGUGUUCCUUUGGAUGCGGAAAUGGAUGCAAGUGAGGCUGUUGGUGAACCACUGGUCGACACCGAUUUUCGUGGAGAACUCAGACAGAGAGAACAAGAAAGAGAAGGAAGCCCAAAGAGGCAGAAACAAGAACAAUCCCGAGGAGAGAAAAGGAGUUCACAAGUCGACGUUGAAGAUCUUUACAAUGAAUCUUCAGCUCAGGCUUCAGGGUCAGCCGGACCACCGGCACCGGAUGCUUCAUCUGGUGUUCCGGAAGGUGCUGCCGCUGCACCAACAAGUCCUGAGACAAACCAGGAGAUGCUACAUCUGUGUUCCUUGCUCAAAGAUGUGAUCGCAAAAGGGAAGGUUGCUGAGAUCUUCUCUCCACCGCGUGUGGCUGCACAAGCCCAAGUGGUCGGGCUAGCACCUGGCUUCUCGAUUGACUUGGAGACAAAGCGUGGUGAUGGAACUCACUGGGACUUGAGUAAAGAUGAACACAUUCGUGAUCUGUUUCAACUGCUUGACUAUGAGAAACCAGAGUUCCUCGGCGGCUCACCUCCCUGUGGGCCAUUCUCGAAGCUGCAAAACAUUGUGGAUGCGAAGGGCAAUGUUUCACCUGAAGUUCGAGCGCAGAGACUAAAAGAUGGUCGCAAACAUCUGCGCACGGCAGUUUCAGCGUAUGAGCAGCAAAUGAAUGCUGGAAGGUAUUUCUACCAUGAGCACCCUAAAGGGGCCGCUUCGUGGGAAGAGAGAGCUGUGAAGAGACUGAGGGCAGAUGAACGGGUGUAUGAGGAGGAGUUUUGGAAGCAGCUGCCCGACAGCGAUGACACCAUCGUGGAGCCAGUGCUUGACGCACACUCCGGUGCUGUCUUGGAUGUUGACAAGGUCAGAGCCUCGAGCACUCUUCAGAGCACGAUCAGCUUGAGUUCCGGUGAAGCGGAAUACUACUCGAUCGUUCGAGGAGUUUCCAUCGGAAUGUCGAAGGGCCCUGCUUCCUUGCGAUUCGCACAGUGGAUCCCUGGGGGUCUGCAGCUGGCCGGUGCAGAGUCGAAACUCUGUGCUUGGCGCAACGAUAGCAGAGUGUGGCUGGAAUGGGAUGGGGCCAAGAGCCUAUAUCCACCCUUUGGCUUCAUGGCUUUAUCUGAGUGGUACUUCGAGAUGCUCAGAGAUGAUGCGAGGCAUGAGUUGUACGAAAAAGCACUACAAGUGGAAAUCGCAAAGGUGAAGGAGACACGUCCAGAAUGCAAAGUCCUCGAUGUGGGCAGCGGCGACGGCAUCCUAUCUUUGAUGGCUCUCAGAGCUGGGGCCACCUAUGGCCUGGGUGUGGAGUACGUCACGCAGAUCGCGCGCGCCUCAGAGGAGGUCAUCGCAGCGAAUCGCGCCGCGCGGAAGGUGCCGAUCGAGACGCCCCUGGAGAUUUGGUGCACCGAUGUGCGGGGCAUUGGCGAGCGAGAGUCGGAGGCGGAGCGCUUUGAAGUUCUUGUCACCGAACUGAUGGAUGCCUCGGGGCUGGGGGAGAAUUUGAUCCUUCUGACCGAGGGCUCCAAACGUCGCUUGUGCAAAGACACCAGCUCAGUGAUCCCAGCGAAACUCCGCUUGAAGGCGGUGCUCUGCGAGGUGAAGCUUCCUGAGAUCAAUGGUGUGAACAUCGAUGCAUUUUGGCCUUUUUGGCCGCUGGACCGCACUGGGGAUGCACUUUGGCUGGGAGUGGACCUUGACAAGAGGGAAGGAGACUUCAAGGUGUUGACAGACCCUGUGGAACUCCUGUCCCUCCGCUUGGGGGAGGCAGAUGUGGAUGCGAUUCCAAGCCGUGCCAGCUUCAACUUCAAGGGCACGAACAGUGGCACCGCUAACAUGGUGGUGUGGCCGGGACCUCAAAGGUGGUUUGAAGCUCAACUCAGUGAAACGGAUCCUUCUGUGGUCCUCACCAAUGCGCCGACCUUCUUAGAUGGCCGACAUGCGGCUACAUGCUGGGGGCAGGCUGCUGCAGAAAUUGCCCAUACACAGGUGCUGAAAGGAGAGAGCACUGAGAUUCUAAUGGAAAUGACCUUCGGUGAUUACCAGCUGAAGUUCAAGACGCCCAGCGCAGGGGAUGCCCGCUUUGGGCGCUUUGCACCACCGCCACACGUGGAAGACUAUUCUGCGGAGUACCAACAAGUCCUGAAGGAUUAUGCCGUGCGACAGCAGAGCUACCUGAGCUUUGCCAAAGAGUCGCGCGUGGGACACAGCGCCAUCCGCAGCGCGGAUGUUGAGUCGGUGGCUGCAUUGCAACGCUGUGCUUUGGCCAUGGCCCUUUUUCCUGGAUCCUUCGGAUUGGAAGGGACCACGGCCAAUCGUGUUUUGGUCAGCUGGUCAACUUUGGUGAAUCCGAACUCUUGGUUGUUGAAGACACCAGAGGCCAAGAAGCGGAGUGCCUGUACACCACCCCCGUCGAUUCAAAGGAGGCUGCGUGAUGAUGUUCAGACAGCCUUGCUUCAAGACUCCGACACGCUCUUGGCGCUUGCGCUGCUGCGCAACCACCGUUGCUGCAGUAACCACUAUGUUUACGAGGCCGUUCGCCGGCACAGCUUGCGCGCCUUGGAGUAUCUUCUGAAACGUAAGGCCUCAGACUUGGAUGAAGCUUGCCUCGGUUGUCGGCCACUGCAUGUGGCGACACAGGUCUGUAUGUUCAACGGCGAUGUGGGGUACUGCAUGAUGGAGCUUCUUUUGCAACAUGGGGCGAGGCCCAACCGCGUUGUGGGUGAU